AUGUCUGCAUCCGAAAGUAAAGCUGCCGAACUAGAGCGAGCACAGAAAUUGAGAAGAGAAAAGAACCGGAUGGCACAGCAAAAGCACCGAGAGAAGAGGAAGAAGGACAUAGAAAAGAAGACAAAGGACGUCGCAAAGAUGAUGACGAUACUCCAGAAGGUGAAGCUCGCUGUCACCCUCAACGACAUCGGGCAGAUCAAGGAACUUGUGAAGAGCCCGACAAUACCGUUACCAGUCGAAUCGUCCUCUGUGAGCACAUCGCGCGAGAAAACGCCUUACAUCGAUGUGGAAAAGCUCUUUCCCGCCGCAGAUGACUCUUCAUCUUCACAACCCUCUGUCGAGGUCGAGGCCACAAGGACUGUGGAGAACGCCGUUGUCGAACAAGAACUUGCUCAACCGUCGUAUCCAAAGGAUGACAGCAGCAGCCUGAUCACACAAAACAGUUUGGAUACACAACCCAGCUUGAGCGCACAAAGCAGUCUCGGCACACAAAGCAACCUGGGCACACAAAACGGUCUGGCCACACAAAGUUUCUUUCAGCCCACCAUGGACCCAUUUUUCUGGAACAUGGCAAAUAUGUUUCCAUCUUUUCAGAUGCCGUAUUUUGACACUCAAUCUCCACUACAUUUACUGCCUCCUAUUGCCAUGCCGAAUCCUUGGGAGACUCCUUGGGAGGGUUACCCUGCGAUAAUGGCCGGGAUGUAG